AUGUACGUCCAAAGACCACUUUCCGCCACGCAUUUUCCCAUGUUAGAGAAACGAGGCGAUGAGAAACUCGGAAAACCGAUCAUCGUACUGUUAUCAGUAGCUCUUGGUGUGAUAUUUAUCUUUGUUGUCUGUCUGCUUUUGAUGAUCUAUGUGAACCGCGGCAAUACUCGCCGGGACCCAAAAAGCAAAGGCGCUUCCCGUGAAAGGCUGAGGAAACUGGAUGCCGUGUCGCCGAUAUGCCGACUCGAUCAGUGGUGGCCUAAUGUGAAGGGUUCCUUGGGUCUGCCGGAAGCAGCCGAUAAUCAGUUCAUAUGCGUGGUGUGUCUGGAGCCGGUUCUAAACUCCCAGGAAAUCCAUCAACUCAAGUGCAUGCAUGUCUUUCACAAAGAGUGUCUGGAGAAAUGGUAUCUUGGGGAUCAUUUCAACUGUCCACUCUGCCACCGCGCCUAUUUCCACGAAGCGCGCCGUCCAAUGAGUGACGACUUCGUAUGGAUGGUGUGA